AUGUCGAAACUGCACCUGGCCAAGGGUUUGGUUGGAGUGUUGGGAGUCAGCAUUCCCAUCGGGAACUCAAAGGAGAGUAAAGAAAGCCCUGGAAGCACAUGGCCAAAGGAUAUCAUUGCCCUGGAGCCUGGAGAAACUGCCUGGGAUGUGGUCCUGAAGAAGAUCAAGGAGCUCUCGGAUUCAGACUGCCGAGAUGCUUUCACGGUGGCUGACCUGGGCGUGCUGGUCAGCCGCCACCAGGUCUUCCACCAGGCCCUGCCGCGGGUCUCACCCUUCUACGUGGUGAAGUACAACAGCAGCCCCUGGAUGCUGCGUGUCCUGGCCGCCCUGGGCACCAGCUUCGACUGUGCCAUCCAGGGCGAGCUGGAGCAGGUGCUGGACCUGGGCGUGGCUCCCUCAUGCAUCAUCUACGCCAACCCCUGCAAGCCUGUCUCUCACAUCCGCUUUGCUGCCCCCCAUGGGGUGAAGCUCCUGGUGUUCGGCAGCGAGGAGGAGCUAAUCAAGGUGGCCCAACAUCAUCCUGGGGCCAGGCUGGUCCUCCGGUGGACCCAGGACAGUGACAGCAUCUUCCCCCUGAGCUCUCAGUUUGGGGCCAGGCUGGAGGUGUGUGAACAUCUGCUCGAGUCUGCCAGGGACCUGGGGUUGGCUGUGGUUGGAACCAGCUUCCAUGUGGGCUCAAGAUGCCAGACACCCCAUAACUUCAUGAAGGUCAUCGUCGACUGCUGGCACGUGUUUGAGAUGGGCAGCAGGAUUGGGCAUGACAUGAGCCUCCUGGACAUCGGAGGGGGCUUCCCCGGAGAGGAAGGCUCCAACCCUGAGUUUGAGGAGGUGGCAGGAGUGAUCAAUGCUGCCCUGGCCCAGGACUUCCCCAAGGGGAGUGGCAUCGAGGUCAUCGCAGAGCCUGGACGCUUCUAUGCAACAUCUGUCUGCACGACCGCUGUCAACAUCAUUGCCAAGAAGGCUGUGCUGGAGCCCGGAGGCCGCCGGAAGCUGCUGUACUAUCUCAAUGAUGGCCACUAUGGCACAUUCCGCAUCUUUCCCAGGGAGUCUGAACCCAGGAUGCCCAUUGUGGUGAAGGAGCUCAGCCCCAAGCUGCCCCUCUUCCCCUGCACCCUCUUUGGCCCCACGUGUGAUGCCUUUGACAAGCUCUUCUUGAAGGAGGUGCAGCUGCCAGAGCUGGAUGUGGGUGACUGGCUGGUCUUCCCGUUCAUGGGCGCCUACACGUCAGUCAUGAGCUCCACCUUCAAUGGCUUCUCUCCCACCUCCAUCUGCUAUGCCAUGGGACCUGAGCUCAUGUGUCUGGGGGAGGAGGAAAGGGGGUGGGCAAUGAGCAGGUCUCACCAAGAUCUGAACUUGUUAAGGGGAGUUGGUGGCUGAGCCCUGGGGUCCCAGGCCCUGGAAAUACCCUAGUCCCCCCACUGGCCCCAGCAAAGCCCAAGAUGUCUGGCUGACCUUUGACACUGGCCUCUGCCUAUGGGGUUGACCCUGUUACAACCUCUCCUCAGGUAAGUCCAAGGUAGCCCACCUGGGCAGCUCUGAGAGCCCGGACAUGUGCCAUUGUGGGCAGAAUCAGGCAGCCCUGUGGCUCCAGCUGACCCUCAGCUCCAUGGCCAAGGUCCCCCCCCCAUCAGGCCCCACUCUUCUCUGACCAUUUGCAGCUGCCUCCC